AUGGCCCCUCGCACAGAUUUCCCCCCCGUUCGGGCUUGUCUGUUUGACAUGGACGGCCUCCUCCUUGAUACGGAGGACAUCUACACCCUCUGCGUCAACGAGCUUUUGAGGGAGCAUAAGCCCUCGAAGCACCCUUUGCCUUGGAGCAUCAAGGCCCAGCUGCAAGGCCGCCCCGGUCCUGCGGCCCUUGACCUCUUCCACAACUGGGCCGAUUUGCCCAUCAGCCGUGAGCAGUACAAAGAUGAGUACUACGCUCUUCAAGCAGAGAAGUUUAAGCAUACCACGGCUCUUCCCGGAGUCGAGGAGCUCCUCCAGAAACUCGGUCGCACUCGUUUCUGGGAGUUGAAGAAGGAUGCCGCUGUCGCCAAGGAUGAGGCCGCUGCGACCCAGAAGGAUGACAGCAAAGACGAGGCCGCCCCCAAAGAGAAUGCGCCUACCACCACCAAUGGCGCCGCCAAGAAGCCCGCGCAGAAGCCUCAUCGCGUGCACAUCGCUCUCGCCACCUCGUCGCACGAGGCGAACUUCCGGAUGAAGACAAACCACAUCCAGGAGCUGUUUUCGGUCUUUGAGACCCAUCGUCGCGUUCUCGGCGACGACCCGCGCAUCCCUGAGGGCCGCGGGAAGCCUCUUCCUGAUAUCUACCUCAUUGCCCUCAAGACCAUCAACGACUCGCUUCCCGAGGGCGAGAAACCCAUUACCCCGAAGGAGUGCCUCGUCUUCGAGGACAGUAUUCCCGGCGUUGAGGCUGGUCGCCGCGCCGGCAUGCGCGUUGUGUGGUGCCCGCACCCCAUGCUCAAGCAGGAGGUGGACAAGAAUGGCGAAGCGAAGCUGGUUCUUGCGGGUCUCCUGAACCAAGCCGAGAUCGAGAAAAAGAAGAAGGCUGAUGCUGAGAAGGCCGACAGCGAGAAGCCUGGCGAGAUCGACGACGGCUGGGCGGACUAUUUGCCUACCUUGAUCGACUUCCCGUACGAGAAGUACGGAAUUCAGAUUCCCGACGAAGCGGUCGACAAGGAGCCCUCCAUGAAGGAGAGUGCUAAGAUCGACAAGGGAGAGGUUCUCCAGGCCGUCGAGACCAAGGUUGUCAAGAACUAA